CUACGGCAUAAACUCAUCGUUUAGGGGUACAUGUUUUGUUCGAGCAGAAUAUAAAUAUCAAAAGCUGGUUCAAAUAACUAUAAAUUGUAAUUGUAGAUGUGAAUUUAUUUGAAACAAAUUCAGAAUGAUGCGGGGGAUGUGUUUCGGACUUGUUGUGUUUGCUGCUUUGGCUGUAACAUUCGUAACGUCACAGAGCUGGUCUGGAAACACCCAGAAGCGAUAUGGAGUGAUACGUUACGAAUCGGUCUGGUAUUGCCGAUGCCGUUAUUAUUACCGUUACUGGUACCUGUGGUAUUGGGGAUAUGGAUGGUAUAGGCGUUGGUGGUGUCCCGCUUACAGCUAUUACCGCCGUGCUGUGUAUGGCUAUAUCUACUGGUGUAAAGCUGGUUGGACACAUAACGGCAAUUGGAACUGCAAUAUACCUGUUUGUCGACCAACAUGUAAGAAUGGUGGGACAUGUGAAUCUCCAAAUGUAUGUGAUUGCCCUAGUACGUCAACUGGUGGAUCAUGUCAGACACUUACCUGUUCUUAUCAACGCCCCUGCUAUCCUGGGGACUGUGAAGCUAACUCAUGCAAGUGUGAACCCUCGUUUUAUUCCACGAACCUAAACGACGGAUGCAUAAACAUUAACGGCACUGCAGAGGAGUUUCGUCCAGAAAUCGUCCAAAGCAAUGUAACACUGGCCCACAUACGGCGCUCUGAUAAUGAAACGCAGUACAUGUUUACUGUGGUCGGGAAGGAUGAAAAUGACUUUACGCUUGUGUGGAGUAAUCAAAAACGAUUCAACAAUCUGAGGUUUGAGUUUGAUACGCUGAUUGACAUUUCUGAAAUCCCGGAAAGGCCUAAUUAUGUCCAUGACGCUAAAAUUGGAAUAGUCGCAAGCAGUAUAGAGGCAUCUGUAAGCAAAAUACCACGUGAUGGAGGUGUUAAUCGAUACAUAGCUUCCAACAAAACCUACAACUGUGAGACUGGUAUAAGCGAAGAUAAUCCUGCAGUAGAGAAGGACACUUGUGAAAUCAACGAUGAAAACUUUGCGACCUUGAUUGAACAUGGAGAUAUACUCCUUCUUAAGUUCCGAUCGCGUAGCGGUGGGUUUCAAAAGCUUAUAAACAUCGAUGACCAAGGCAAACCGUAUACGACCAAACAUUACAAUGGACUUCAAGGCGAGGAAAAAUUGGAGUUUCGAUUCGACUUUGUUGUACCCGAGCACUGUUCUUUAGAUUCCGGGUCGUGCCCUUCCAAGCCACUUCACAUAGACGAUGAGUUUACCAACAGUAAUAUUCAAGCCCGUUGGUCUGGUUGGACAGAUGCGAUGUCUGGCAUGUGGCAGUACUAUAUCGAGGUGUUUAAACUGGCACCCAACAGAGACGAAAGACUAGUGGAGGUCACACCCAUUGAUCCUGUUUACAAAGAAACACUAAACCACACCAAAGGAGAAAUGAUUAGUUCAUACAGGCCCGAGGAACCUGGAAUGUACAGUGUGCUCUUGAAAGUGUCCGAUAUGGCCAACAAUUCUCGAAUCGCUCGGCGCUUUGUUCUUUACGAUGAUACAUCGGUGAUAUCAUUGAGUAACGAGACGGACAAGAAACUGUACAUCUCCAGUGCUGUCGAAGAGACUGGAUACGCUUGGCAAACGUCUUCGAACAGUGAGGAUAACAGCGUAACGGUGAACGUGAGAUGGGAUGGACACUUUGCAAACAAACUGCAUGAAGACGGGAAAUUUCUUGCUGAAAUCGAAAAGUACCCAAUUCAGUUCAAGGACAUAGAAGAUGAUGGAAUAUUAAUGAGUUUAAAGUUUGUUGCCGACACUCUUGAUGACGACGAGGGUGAACGUACACGGGAAGCCAUUACUAACUACCAUGGUAUCAUCAAAUUUGAGGUAGCAUAUGUCCAAUCCCCAUCAGAGGAAGUGCCAACAACAGGAUGGACAGUUAUCCCACUUCAAGAAAGUAUAUCCACACAAAGAAUCCUUGAAGAUGGCGACCGUUUGCGCGUAUGGGUCCGAGCUACUGACGUAAUGGGAAAUACAAAUACAGACUCGACGUUCAUGAGAAUUGACGGAUCACCUCCGUUCAUUUCAAGUGGAAAUGGCUCUGAACAUCAAGUCGUAUUAAAUAUUGAAGGUGAAGAAUUCAAACAUGCGUCAAGAGCGAGCUUUCUGGCUUCUGAUCUGCAAAGUGGUGUUCACAAGAUCGAAAUAAAACUAACAGUGAAAUCGCCUGGCAAGGAAGACAUGGUCACAUAUCGUAAUUUCACAGAAGCUAGAAGAGGGAAUGACAUCACAGAUCCGCGGUGUAUUGGUUUCGACAAAAUCGGGAUGUGCCUCCUGCCAUCACAGAUUGUGGAAAUUGACAACUGCUGGCUAACUGUAAGCAAGGAGGACCUUGAGACGGCUUCAGGCGAGCUAGAGCUCACAGCUUACAACCAAGCGAUGCUUACAGCAACCACUAAAUUUGAUAUGGGUCCAUUGACAAAGCUUCAGGGUUUGGAAAAAUACAGUGGUCCAACGAACAUGAGAAUUGAAAACAAAUCACCAACUGGCUUCAGACUUGCAUGGGACCUGCCUGAAUCAGAGUCCUGUUAUGGAGCAGCGGACAUCGUCAUUAUCCUUACACACAAGGGUCCAACUGGCGAAAUUCAAAUUAAAUCCUUUGAAACUCCAAGUACUGCUACUUACUUUGAUUUUCUCGGACUGAACCCUGAAGUUGAAUACAACUUAGGGCUUCAGAUAAAGGCCGAAGGUGGAACGGCUCAGGCAUUUGGGCAAGACCUGUCUGUUGUUACUUCAAAAGAAGAGUCACCCGGAGGGGUUUCUACUGGCGCUGUUGUCGGAAUAAUACUUGGUAUACUUGUGCUGUGUGUUUUGGUUAUUGUCGUACUCUUCUUCCUAACUCGUCGUGGGAUUAUCGACGUUCAACCGCAACGCAAAAUGGGCGAGAUACGUCGAGCCGUUACGAAGCGUGUACGGCAAUCGAGAAUGUUUGCACCUGAGACGCAGGGACAGUCACACGAGAACAAGGCCUAUGCGUAUGAUUCCCUAUUUCAGAACCGUCAGAGUGAGUUGUACUUGUACGGGGGAAUGGACUUCAAUUCAUCCAGCAAAGGGUACAUAAGUAGGGACCAGAUUACAUUUGACGUGCUCUUGAAGAGUGGACACUUUGCAAACAUCUACAGAGCACGUUACAACGGACAAAACGUUGUGGCUAAAACUCUAAAAGAGAACUUCACAAAGGAUGACGAACUACUAAUGAAGGCAAAGAUAAACUUCUCUUCUGACAGAGUUGGCGAUCAUCCGAACGUCAUUAAAUUCAUUGGAGCGGUCGUGGAUGAUACUACGAUGGGUCCAAUGAUUAUCAACGAGUUUUGCGAAAACGGAACUCUGAGAGACUACCUCGAGAAAAACAAAUCAAACAUGACCGUGGAGAUGCAAGAAAAUCUCUUCCGCUUUGGACUGGACAUCGUUAAAGGCAUGGAAUUUCUUGCCACUAGAGGGGUCACACAUCGCCGUCUUGCUGCCAGGAACAUCCUCCUGAAUUACCUCAACGAGGUGAAGAUUGCCGGAUUCGGACCCCAAACUGCUGGUGAGGAAGACGGAGGAGAUUCUGAAUCUGGAAAGAAGGAACGCAUCCCUAUCAAAUGGAUGGCACCCGAGUGUAUGACAUCAACCAAGAAGGCCAAUGAGAGGAGUGAUGUCUGGUCAUACGCUGUUGUUCUCUGGGAGAUUUUCUCUCUAGGUGAAACCCCGUACACGGGUAAAAGCCGCGAUCUUCCCCAGCGCCUGAAGAGAGGCGAGCGUCUCGGAAAACCAGAGCUGUGCGAUGACACAUGGUAUAAGGUGAUGAAACAUUGUUGGGAGUUCGACCCCAAGAAACGACCCCGCUUUGCGGAAGUCCGCGAGCAACUGGACACACUCUUCGUCAAUGCCCCGGGAGACGACUUUUAUUACUACAAACGCUAAUUACUUCGAGAGACUAAACUUUUAAAUUUAGUGUCGAAGAGUUUUGGAAUUAUUGCACUGGAGACAACAUCUGAAAUAGUGCAAGAAUUUUAAACACAAUGUUGAAGUUCUAUUGAAGGAUCACACACUUUUAUUAUUUAAUCUUAGUCGGUUUUCCCGAAGACAGCUUUUAUUACUACACAUGUUACCAUAACAACAUUGCUUAAAUACAUAUAAGCAUUCUGAAAUAUUGAUUUAUUUACUAAUUGUCAUUUCAACGGCAUUGACAGUGUAUUUUUUUAUUCCGAAUGGAACUCUUGUGAUGUUUUGAUGGCGAUUGAGGACAGGAUUAAGCCUUUUCCAUGAUCAUGGUGAAUCACAAUUGCUUCGUUAUUUUAUACUAUGUCAAACUAUGUCUUACCAUUCAUACACCCAUUUUCUGAGGGUUAUUAAGACUAUGUCUCAAUUGUUCGUGGUGUUAAGUAUUUGAAAUCAACAUCUUAAUCCCGUUCGUGGCCUUAACGGAAUCUUUUCCAAAUGAAGAUAUAUAUUAUACUGGCGAGAUAUAUCACGCUCGUGGUCUUCAAUACAUCAUCUCAAAGUGUGCAUGUACAUAUAAUACAGGCAAGGAGUUUCACGUUCGUGGUCUUUAAUACAUCAUCUAAAAGUGCGCAUGUACAUAUAAUACUGGCAAGGAGUUUCACGUCCGAGGUCUUAAACUUAAUUUGUGACUAUUUUGCUGUAUAUUCAUUUCCAUAAAUUAUUCAUGCUACUUAUGUUCGGCAUAAUAAUAAAUGUAAUCGAUUACACACCCUUUUAUAAGGAAUUUUAUGAUUGUUGAUACAUGAAUUGAGUGCAGAUUUCUUUUAAGUUGUAAGUAUUGAAAGUUGUUAUAUUUACUGAAUAUUGCAUAAUGCUUUGGUUAAAUCUUCUAUUUUAAUAAAAUUAACCUUUUUUACAAAAUAAAUAUAUAACACUUGUU